AUGGAUGAAGACAAUACUGGCAAUGAUGAUGAUGAAAGUGAAGAUGAGUGGGAGGAUGUGGAAGAACUCCAGGAACCUGCCACAGAUAAGUUAGAAGAAGCUGCUGCUCUUCCGGCGGUGGUGCUGCCAAGCAACCCUGUCGAGAUAGAGAUUGAAACCCCAGAGCAGGCGAAGAAAAGACAGAGGAGAGAAAAGAGGAAAGCCGAGUUUGAGAUUUAUCUUCGGAGAAUGAUGAAACGUUUCAGCAAGGAGGUUCGUGAGGACACACAUAAGGUUCACCUCUUGUGUUUACUAGGAAAUGGUUUCUACAGGAACAGGAUCUGCAGUCAGCCAGAUCUUCAUGCCAUUGGUCUGUCCAUCAUCCCUACCCACUUCACGAAAGUGUCUGCAGGCCAAGUGGACCUUCUCUACCUUUCCAACUUGGUGAAAUGGUUUGUUGGAACCUUCACUGUCAAUGAUGAGCUUUCCACUGAAAAAGGAGAGCCCCUUCAGUCGACCUUGGAGAGGCGCUUUGCCAUCUAUGCUGCACGGGAUGAUGAAGAGUUGGUUCAUAUAUUUUUAAUUAUUCUGCGAGCAUUACAGCUGCUGUGUCGUCUCGUGCUGUCUUUUCAGCCUAUUCCUCUCAAGGAAACAAGAGCAAAGGGAAAAAGCUCAUCCAAGAGGCAGUCUCUCAGCAGUACCUCCGAGGGGCAGGAGAGUUCUGCCACAGCACCCAAAGCUGUAGCAAAAAAAUGCCCCUGCAGAAAAGCCAAACAGGAUGAAAAAUCCUCAGAGAGUGAAGAAGACAACAAGGAGCCAAAGAAAUGCCAAACUGCUCAGACCAAAAGGACACGCAAGUCAAAGUUGACUACAGGCAGCCAGGAACAGAAGGAGUCUAGUAAAGAAGAGAGCAGUAUAGUGGAAAAAGAUGUGCCAGUCAGGCCCAAGAAUGAUCGCCGGAGACGAGUGGCCUCCAAAGUGUGUUACAAAGAAGAGAGUGGAAGUGAUGAGCGCAGUGCUUCGGACUUUGAAUUUUCAGAGGAGGAGAGUGGUCUCUCCGAUGAGGAUUUUGAAAAUGUCUCUAAAAGGCGGAAGAGCAAACUAGGCUCCCAGAAGUCAAAAGUAACAGCUAUAAAAAGCCCAAAACCUGAGACUUCAGAAUCAAGGCUAUCCAAAAAUUCAUAUGGAGCUGAGCCUAAGCCAGCAAAAAGUGCAGCUCCAGCCUUGCCUCAUGUGCAGAGAAAGAGAAACAAAAUAAUUUCUAGUGAUGAGGAUGAUGGACAGCAGGAGGUAAGGAAAGUGAUAGGCACAGACCAGUGGCUGGAAGUUUUCCUUGAACGUGAGGACAAAUGGGUGUGCGUAGACUGUGUUCAUGGCAACGUUGGCCAGCCCCAGCUGUGCUUUACAUAUGCCACAAAGCCGCUUUUCUAUAUUGUGGGAUUUGACAAUGAUGGGAGUGUCAGGGAUGUGACACAAAGAUACGACCCAGUGUGGAUGACCGUGACAAGGAAGAGUCGUGUGGACCCUGAGUGGUGGGAAGACACACUGCAGCCGUAUAAAAGUCCCUAUGUGGAAAGAGACAAGAAGGAGGAAAAUGAGUUUCAAGUUAAGCUUCAAGAUCAACCUCUACCAACAGCAAUUGGAGAGUACAAAAACCACCCUCUUUAUGCACUGAAGAGGCACCUCUUGAAAUACCAGGCAAUCUAUCCUGAGUCAGCUGCUAUCCUGGGGUACUGCAGGGGAGAGGCUGUCUACUCCAGAGACUGCGUACACACGCUGCACUCCAAGGACACUUGGCUGAAGAAAGCCCGAGUGGUGAGGAUUGGAGAAGUGCCUUACAAGAUGGUGAAAGGCUUUUCCAACCAGGCGAGGAAGGCGCGCCUUGCAGAGCCUGCAAACCGGGACAAAGAGGACCUGGCACUGUUUGGUCACUGGCAGGCGGGGGGAUAUAAGCCGCCUAUAGCAGUAGAUGGAAAGGUUCCUCGGAAUGAAUACGGAAACGUCUAUCUCUUCCUGCCAUCCAUGUUACCCAUUGGCUGUGUGCAGCUGAGACUCCCAAAUCUGAACAGAUUGGCGCGGAAGUUGGACAUUGACUGUGCUCAGGCCAUCACUGGAUUUGAUUUUCAUGGCGGCUACUCGCACCCAGUUACCGAUGGCUAUGUUGUCUGUGAGGAGUAUAAAGAGGUCCUCAUUGCUGCCUGGGAGAAUGAACAAGCAGAAAUAGAAAAGAAGGAGAAGGAGAAGCGUGAGAAAAGAGCUCUGGGCAAUUGGAAGCUGCUGACAAAAGGACUUCUCAUCAGAGAGAGACUGAAGCAACGCUACUCUGUCAAGACUGAGCCAUCAGCACCUGUGACAGAGAAAGGAGCAGGAUUCUCUUCUGAUGAAGAAGGAGGUCCGAGUUCAGAGACUACAGUAGGGAAUAUGGCUGUUUCUUGGCCCCAAAAUCGCCAGUUAGAGAAAAAAAAAGAAGAGAAGACAACCAGAAAGAGCAAACGAGAAAAGAAAGGAGAAGCAGCACAGUUAUUCCCUUUUGAGAAACUGUGAUCAGAACAAGCAUUUCUUGGCUGUUUCCAGAUGCAAGAACAGUAAUCACAACAAAAGUAUCCUUUGCCAGUGAAGGA